AUGGCCCUCAAGCGCAUACAGAAGGAAUUGAUUGCUAUUCGCAAAGAUCCUCCUCCAUACUGCAGCGCCGGUCCAGCGGGUGAAGAUAUUUUCAACUGGCGAGCCACAAUCAUUGGCCCGACCGGUUCUGCCUACGAGGGGGGAGUGUUUUUUCUCAAUGUGACAUUCCCUAAAGAUUAUCCACUCCACCCUCCGCAAGUUCGAUUUGAAACAAGGAUCGUACACCCAAACAUCGAUCGCGGCCAAGACGGCCAUAUCUGCAUAGAUAUCCUGCGUGAUCAAUGGACCCCAGCGUUAACAAUUUCCAAUGGUGGGCCCUUUCGGACGUUAUCUAUGUGUUUUUUGAAUACGGAUUCGCGAAGUGAACUGUGA